AAGGAAGACGAGGUGGCACCUUCUAAGCAGAGCACUUGUAUACAUAUAUACAAAGACCAAAGAGUUCACAGUGGAGAAAGGCCUUGUGAGUACAGCAACUAUGGGAAAUUAUUUCACCAAAACACUACACUCCAUAUUCAUGAGAGAUUUCAUACUGGACAAAAGCUUCAUGCAUGCAGUGAGUGUGAAAAAUCAUUUCACCAAAGCUCUUUACUCUUGCAGCAUCAGACACUUCGUACUAAAGAAAGGCCUUAUGAAUGUACUGAAUGUGGGAAAGCCUUUGCUGAAAAGUCCAGUCUCACAAACCACAGGAAAGUUCACUCUGGAGCAAAGCCUUAUGAAUGCAAUGAAUGUGGGAAGUCCUUUGCUUAUACAUCUAGUCUCACUAAACACAGGAGAGUUCACACUGGAGAGAGGCCUUAUGUGUGCAGUGAAUGUGGAGCAUCCUUUGCUGAAAACUCCAGUCUUGUUAAACACUUGAGAGUUCACACUGGAGAAAGGCCUUAUGAAUGCAGUGAGUGUGGAAAAUCAUUUCGCCGAAGCUCUGCACUCUUGCAGCAUCACAGAGUUCACACUAGAGAAAGGCCUUAUAAAUGUAGUGAAUGUGGGAAAUCCUUUAGCUUAAGGUCCAACCUCAUUCACCAUGAGCGAGUUCAUACUGGAGAAAGGCAUGAGUGUGGGCAGUGUGGGAAAUCCUUUAGCCGAAGAUCUAGUCUUAUUACACAUCUGAGAGUUCACACUGGAGAAAGGCCUUAUGAGUGCAGUGAAUGUAAGAAAUCCUUUGCUGAAAACUCCAGCCUUAUUAAACACUUGAGAGUUCACACUGGAGAAAGGCCAUAUGAAUGCAUUGAUUGUGGAAAAUUAUUUCGCCACAGUUCUUCGUUCCGUCGCCAUCAGAGAGUUCAUACUGGAAUAAGGCCUUAUAAGUGAAGAAAACUUGGGAAAUUCUCUUGCUCAGUCAUUGGGAUCCUUCUGGGCCAGAGAGUUCACUCCGGAUCAAGGCCUUAUGUGUGUGACAAAUGGGGAAUAUUCUUUAGCUAGAGCUCUAGCUUCUUUACAUAAAAGAGUGUUCCCACUGAAUAAGUGCCUUUUGAGUGCAAUGAAUGUGAGAAAGCCUUCAGCCCUCUCUCAUUGGUUACCAGAAUAUUUACAUGAGGAAAAUACCAUAGAUGUGGAGGCCAUAUUAUUUUUUCUUCAGUAUAACACUGGAGGAGAUCCCUUAUGAGGAUGCUGUCUGCCUAAAUUGAAUGUCAUACAUGAAAUAGCUGCAUACAUUCCAUACAUAGCUGCAUGAAAUAGCUGCAUAUGUGGGAACUGCAUAGCAUUUUUCAACCUGCCCAGGUCUUUUGCCAGACUUCUGUGACUGACAGUUUUCUUGCAAAAAGCAUUUCACCUUUACCCCUUGACAGGUGGCCAUAGUAAAUCAUCCUCCUACCUCAUCAUGAUCCAGAAGUAACUUUGAUUUUCUUUCAUUCACCAGAGGGGUUUUUUAGUAUCCUUAGCACUCAUUCCAUUCUCAUUUCUUUCUAUCCAAUGAGUUAGGCCAUGAACCUGACUCAUUUUUGGCGCAGAGGACUCUUCUGGUGACUUAAAAAGAUAGACUACUUUUUCAGGGAUCUUUUGUAUCUCACAGGAUUCUUAAGAUGGAAUUUUCCAGCUCACCAGUCACGAAUCUGAGACAACCUGCCGCCUAUUGCCCUGGUUUGUGUUAUAAUAAAGGCCCUGUUGCUUAAGACACCUUCAGUCUUCGCAGGAGGCAAUAGAAGCUCCAA